GCAGCACUGUGUACCGUGGCGUUUUGUAAGAACCUUCGUUGAUCCGAAUUGAAAACAUAAAGCCUUGGCGUUAUGGUGGCAGAUAGCGGUACUGGCUAAGCUAACAGGGAGACUGUGCAGGAUACUGAGUGUUUGGCGAUGGCAUCUGACUCCCCGCGCAGACCGAGCCGCUGUGCUGGUGGGGUUGUGGUUCGAGCACAGGCAGCAACAGAGCAGUCUUACAUGGAAAGUGUAGUGACAUUUUUGCAGGAUGUGGUCCCUCAGGCAUACACUGGGACGCCUCCAAAUGAUGAGAAAGAAAAGAUAGUGUGGGUUCGAUUUGAAAAAGCAGACAUCAAUGAUGUGGCUCGUUUACCUGAGUUUCAGGAGAUGCAUGGCGGCAGCACUGAUCCACCCCUCUGUCUGAUGAUUGGCUACACCGAUGGAAUGCAGAUCUGGAGCAUAUCUCUGAACGGGGAGGCACAGGAGCUGUUCUCGGUUCGGCAUGGGCCUGUACGGACUGCCAGGAUUCUGCCUGCCCCUCAUAUCACUGCAGGUUCACUCAAGACUGACAGCUUCGCUGAGAAACGACCCCUCCUCGGCGUGUGCAAGAGCUUGGGUUCUUCAGGGACAAGUCCCCCUUAUUGUUGUGUUGACCUUUAUUCCCUGAGGACAGGAGAAAUGGUGAAGUCAAUACAGUUUAAAACGCCCAUCUAUGACAUACACUGCAACAAAAGGAUCCUUGUCGUUAGUCUGCAAGAAAAGAUUGCCGCCUUUGACAGCUGCACCUUUACGAAAAAGUUCUUUGUCACUAGUUGCUACCCCUGUCCCGGGCCGAACCUCAACCCUAUAGCCCUGGGAGGCCGGUGGUUGGCCUAUGCGGAGAACAAGCUGAUCCGGUGUCAUCAGUCCCGUGGUGGUGCAUGUGGAGAUAAUGCCCAGUCCUACACUGCCACUGUCAUCAGUGCUGCUAAAACAUUAAAGACAGGCUUGACCAUGGUGGGGAAGGUUGUGACCCAGCUCACUGGUACUCUGCCAUCAGGUGUGCCCGACGAGGAGGGCACUGCUCACAGCGGAACCCGCCGCAGCCCUCACCAACCUGGUGUGGUCACCAUCAUAGACACGCACACUGUAGGAGAAGGACAGGUUCUAGUUAGCGAGGAUUCUGAUGGAGAGGGGGUGAUUGCACAUUUUCCAGCCCAUGAUAAACCUAUAUCCUGCAUGGCGUUUAAUCCAAGCGGUAUGUUGCUGGUGACUGCAGACACACUUGGCCAUGACUUUCAUGUUUUUCAAAUCAUCACCCACCCAUGGGCGUCUUCCCAGAGUGCAGUUCAUCAUCUGUACACACUGCACAGAGGAGAGACUGAAGCUAAGGUGCAGGACAUCUGCUUCAGCCAUGACUGCCGCUGGGUGGUGAUCAGUACUCUUCGAGGAACCUCGCAUGUCUUUCCCAUCAACCCGUACGGCGGAGCGCCGUGCGCGCGAACCCACAUGUCCCCACGCGUGGUCAAUCGCAUGAGCCGUUUCCAGAAGAGCGCCGGCCUGGAGGAGAUCGAGCAGGAGCUGACCAGCAAGCAGGGUGGCCGGUGCAGCCCCAUUCCUGGGCUUUCAAGCAGCCCAUCUGGAUCACCACUACAUGCCAAGCUUACCAAUCAAGAAUCCUUCAACAACUUUACCAACAACAAUAUGGGCAACCCACGCCUGUCUCCGCUACCCAGUUUGACAGUCGUGCUUCCUCUGGCUCAAAUUAAGCAGCCUAUGACCUUGGGCACCAUCACCAAGCGUACCGGCAAAGCCAAGCCGCCUCCUCAGAUCUCACCUAGUAAGUCUAUUGGUGGGGAGUUCUGUGUGGCUGCAGUCUUCGCCUCCUCUCGUUCCUGGUUCAUCACCAACCCCAGCAUGAAAAGAGAGAAAGAUCAGUCUCGCCAGGCGGUCGUUGAAUCGCUCUACAUCCUGAGUUGCUACGGAAACCUGGUGGAGCACGUGCUAGAGCCACGGCCAAUCAGCACGGCGCAAAAGAUAGGCGACGACACGCCCCUCGAGCUGAACACCUGUCCGAGAGCCUGCUGGAAUCUUGCCAGGACACCGCAGUGGAGUGAGCUACAACCACCUUUCAACAGCAAUCACCCCUUGGUGCUGGCCUCAGAUUUUGUGCAGUACUAUCAAUACCUCAUGGCCGGCUUGGUACCACCUGGAAGUCCCGGCCCCAUCACACGGCACGAGUCAUACGACAGCCUUGCAUCUGAUCACAGUGGUCAGGAGGAUGAGGAAUGGCUGUCACAGGUGGAGAUUGUGACUCACACAGGCCCUCACAGAAGGUUGUGGAUGGGCCCUCAGUUUCAGUUCAAAACCAUCCAUCCAUCAGGACAGACCACCGUCAUCUCCUCCAGCUCUUCUGUACUGCAGUCCCAAGGGCCCAGCGACACCCAGCAGCCGCUUCUUGAUUUCGACACAGAUGAUCUGGACCUCCACAGCCUUAGGAUCCAGCCGGUUCGCUCGGAGCCUGUCAGCAUGCCUGGAUCUUCGCGCCUGGUGGCCGAACGCAGAGGCCAAUCCACAGUCAUAGAUGCUGGCUCGGGCACAUUUGACCGCAGUGUCACCCUGCUGGAGGUGUGCGGCAGCUGGCCUGAGAGUUUCGGGCUACGUCACAUGUCCUCUGUGGAAGUCACUGAAGAGGGGCUGAAGGAGAGGCUUGCAGACGCCAUGUCAGAGUCGCCAAGCAGAGACAUCGUGAGCUCUGGGACAGAGUUGCAGAGGGAGGGAAGCAUCGAGACGCUCAGCAAUAGCUCCGGCUCAACCAGUGGAAGCAUUCCCAGGAACUUCGAGGGUUACCGUUCUCCACUCCCCACCAAUGAGAGCCAACCCCUUAGCCUCUACACCACCGUAUUUCCUUAAACCAGCUCUGAUCUCAGACCCAUGAAAGCCUCCCACCUGCCUUUAAACAAUCUCGACAGUAAAACCCGUACCACGGUACCCUAUUAAAAAGGCAACAUCAGCUUGAUAUCUUUAUGAGUUUCUUUUAAUCAAACAGAAAAAGGUUUGAAGAAUUAAGAGGGUGUCAUACAGUCAUUCUCAGAUAAGAUCCCCUAAUUUAAUUUAAUUUUCCCUGGAUAAAAUUUUAAGUGAUGUAGCCACCGUUUCAAAGAGAAGAGAGCUUGCAUAUUAACCUGGACUGGUCUGAUGUACUGUAGAUGGGUCACCACUUUUUCUCAAUGAUGUGUCAUAUUGCUAAUAUUAUUAUCAGUGUCCGGUGUGCGCUGUGCAUCUUUUAUUCUUUGUGUAUGAGUGUUGUGUGUUCAGAUUAGAUGAGUUUAAGCCUAACGUUAUACAGCAUUACACUGAGUCUGACUCUUACAUCAUCAAACUGUUGAUUGCUGCACAAUUGAAACCAUUUCCUUUUUAAGAACACACCUGCCGUAGUGUUUUCAUGUUUAGUAGAAGCGUAUUGUAGUUCAUUAAUGACAUUUGGUUAUGUUUAUGAUCGAAAUGUUGCGUUACGUUAUAGUGUUUUAUUAUUCAACACAUUUGUUCUAUAUAUUUGAUGUUAUUUAGACCAAGUUUAUUACAUUAUGAAUUCAGAAUUCUUUUUUUCGAAGGGAUGUUCGUUUACAGAUGUGUCAUUAUUUGUUUUUUUCCUCGAUGAUGUGUGCAAGGCUGAUAUUAAGCAACAGGGGUCUCGAGGAUCCACAGCACAUUCAUGCAGGUGAUUCAGACGGCUACCCAAACUUUCCUUAAACACAUUAUGGUUUUAUUGAUAUAUCUUUAUGUAUUUUCGUUUUAUUUAGUGAAUUGAAUUAGAAAUUAGAUUAAUAUUAUCUAAACUCAGUUUGAUUGGAUGAAACUUGUUACACAUAAUCACACUGAACUAAAUUCCAGCCAAACUGAUACAAGAGCUGUGAAAGUGCGAAAGGAAAUUAAUGUUAGUUAUUAUUUUGCUGAAAUGUUUAAAUAAGUGCUGUUGACUGACAGCUCACUGCAUGUUGAAAGCCUAAAUAGCUGAGAAAAUGGUAACACUUUAAAAUAAGGUUGUAUUUGUUAACGUUAGUUAUUGCAUUAGCUAACAUGAACUAACAAUGAAUAAUUCUUCAACAGCAUUUAGUGUUAAUUUUGUUAUUAUCUGAUAUAUUUAUAAAAUCAAACUGUUAACAUUAAUUAAUGCAACAUGAACUAACAUAAAUAAGCGUAUUGACUUAACUAGCAUUAACAAGAAGUAAUACAUGCUGAAAACUAUUGUCCAUUGUUUGUUCAUGUUAGUUAAUGCAUUUACUAAUUUGUACUAAUACAAUUGUAAAGUGUUACCGAAAAAAUCUGUCUGUUGUUUACCAUAAUUUACAGUAUAAUAGGCAAAGUUACAGUUGGAAUGAAUUUGGGACUGAAUGCAGUGCAGAUGCGUUGUAUGGAUUAUUUUUUGUAAUAAUCUGAUUAUGAAAUAGAAAUUUAUGCAAGUGUGUGUUUGCUUAAUACAGUAUAUGCAUUUUGACUUUCUCACAAUUCUUUGUUUAUUGAUUGAUAAUGUACCUUCUCUUUUUAAUAAUCUCUUCAGAAUAUAUUUGUCAUAGAGAAAAGGCAUUUGAUUUAUGAAAUAAGAAUCUGAGCAAGAGGCUAAAAUCUAAAUCACUGUAUUUGUACAGUAAAAUGUUUUUCUUUAUAAUAAUUCCAGUCUACAGGUUUCAGGACAUUGGCUGAUAUUUCCUCCAUUGCUGCUUUAUUUCAUCUGUUUAAUUUUUGUAUCAUUAUAAUAUCAUACACAUUUUCCAUGACCAGUUGUGUAUGAAAAAGAUAUUUCUCAACUGCCCCAAAGCUAAUGUUUUAUAAAUAUACUUAUUCAUACAUGUAAAUAUGUUGAUAAAAGUAAUGCUUAGCUCUAACGAAGCAUUAAUUCAGCUCAAAAAAAAACCUCCUGUUCAUUUGGCCUUGUUAUUUUGAAAUAUUUGUACUCAGAUUGUAAUCAGAUUCAUGAAGAAAUUCAUGAGUAGUAAUAUGCAACUUGACCUGACACCCACAGGGCAGACAAAACCACAAACAAAACUAUUGCUGUCACC